AUAGAUCAAGAUGGUUGAUGAUAUAGGUACUAAUGCAGAUAGAGACUAUGAUCAUAAGUAUAAUUAUGCAGGUGGAAGCAGUGUUUCGGCUGAGGAUGGGAUCAUCAAGGAACAAGAUCGAUUGCUGCCGAUCGCCAAUGUUGGACGGAUCAUGAAGCAGAUCCUGCCACCUAAUGCAAAAAUCUCCAAGGAAGCAAAAGAAACCAUGCAAGAAUGUGUCUCGGAGUUCAUUAGCUUUGUGACUGGAGAAGCAUCUGACAAGUGUCACAAGGAGAAGCGCAAGACUGUCAAUGGGGACGACAUUUGUUGGGCUUUGGGAACUUUAGGGUUCGAUGACUAUGCUGAACCGCUUAAAAGGUAUUUGCAUAGAUAUAGGGAGUUAGAAGGUGAGAAAGCUAACCAGAGUAAGGCUAGUGAAGAAAAUGAUGAACCUUCAAAUUAUAGAGAUGAACCACAAGGAAGCAUACAGUUUCACCUGCUCCACUGA